AUGCAACGUCGAUUCAAUAAACCAAAUAUGCCCAACGACCCUCAACGUACCGGUGUGCAGGGUGCAGCUCAGACAACACCAAGUAUCGUUCGACGGUUUGUGGAUCCUCGAAGACGCUCGUCAGUCAGAUCACUGCAACAUCAGAGUGACGCACAAAGUCGAUCCUCAGACAAAGAUACAAACUCAGCACACCUUGGAAAGACAGGUCCGGAGGAACGAAUGUCCGGUGAUCCACAGGCUCGAUUACUUUCUCGUCGAAAACAGUACUCACAAAAUAAAGUGCCUACCAUAGCGUUGGAUGAGACGGAAUUAUCCACCUCGACUCCAAACAUUCCGGUACAACAUACACAGCAGACAGGCAGUUUGGUCUCGAGAUUACGUUAUACACCAAAGAUUGAGGCCUAUAGCACAUCCACAUCACCGUUAUACCCUAAUUCUCCUAAAGAGACUGUUCUGUCUCACGUGGACAUACCACCACGAAUGGAUUUAGGUGUUGGGACACAAAGAGCUUUGUCUGCAUCUCCAUCCAAAUUGGCGGCAACACACGCUAGUAUUGUUCCUCGUCCCAGACCAAGGCUAAUCAAUUCGUCUGGUUCUGUGGAUUCUGUUGGGCAAACGAGAACCGGAAGCUAUUACUAUCCCGGCAAAGCAGGCUUUUUGUCCACUCAUUAUGGUCCUGUGGCUAAAUCACCUUUGUGCACUCCGUCGGAGAGUUCACCUCUGCCUACAACACCAGGUACCACGCACAGUGUUUCUCCGGUUGCAUUGUCACCAGCCAGCGCGCAUAGCACGACUAUGUCACCGACCAGUUGGGUACAACAACGUUCUACAGAAUCACAUGAGUCCUCGGUUAGCAUGCCAAGUGCGACUAGUUCCGGAAGUGGAGGUUUGAUUCUCAUGCUCGGACGGGGAAAAUACGGGCGUCUAGGAUCGAGAGAACUGAAUCGUAGCACAGAAAACCCACCGGUGAUGGAAGUAGCCGAGAACAUGACAUCGAGGCACGAAUCACACUCAUUACAGAGGCGUUCCAGCUAUGAGGUAAGCUAG